AUGUGCAAAACAUAUGUUGGAUAUUAUAUAUUACUCUUGUUUUUGGAAUCAAAUACGCAGCAGAUUGAAACAAAUGUGACUACAGAUGCAAAUGUUACUGCUACUCCUAAAGAAGAUGUGCUGAGGGACUAUGGUUGGGACGUAUGGUGUAAAUUACAACCUAACGGAUACGAUUGUAAUGGGAAAGGAUUUACUUCUUCCAGAUUUUAUUAUGACUUGAAGAUGGAGGACUGUAAAACAUUUACCUUCGGUCAGUGUCCGCGUGACAAAAAUCAUUUCAACACUCUGAAAGAGUGUCAGCAACAAUGUCGAGAUUCUGGAUUUCAUACGAUUAAGGGAAAUUUGUCUCAAAAAAUAAGCUGUCGCUUACAACCCGAUUUUGGAAAAUGUAAUGACUACUACCCAAUGUGGUAUUUCGAUUUGAGUGUAAGAGCGUGCAAAGGUUUCUCAUACAGCGGCUGCGGUGGCAACAGUAACAGAUUUGCCACCGCACAAAUCUGCACUGGAACUUGUUCUAGCAUCGUCGACUAUUAA